AUGGAUUGGGAGGUGCAGGCGCAGCAGGUCACCGCACUGACACUGGAUCAAGUGCGCUUUGCAGUCUCCUUUCUGGCAUGCAUCGUAGCCGGCAUCCUCAUUCGUGGGCUGCGCAGCCCCACAGCGCGCAACCUGUACUCCCUGGCGGUUGGCCUGCUGCUGCUGUACUACCCCUUCGGCAGCGGCAUCGUGCACGUGGUGCUCACUUCAUGGGUCACCUACAUUGUCAUGUGGCUGAUACCGAAGAAAUGCGGGACGUGGGCAUGGCUCAUCAAUUUCCCCUACCUGCUCAUGCUGCACACCAUCAACGCGAGCGGCGUGAGCUGGAACAAGGGCGUGCUGGACCCGACGGGGGCGCAGAUGGUGCUGACGCUGAAGCUCAUCAGCACGGCCAUGUGCCUGCAGGACAGCAAAGAGAAGAAAUUGGAGGCGAUGAGCGAUUACCAGAAGUCGCACCACCUCAAGAAGCUGCCGUCCCUUCUUGAGUUCUUUGGUUACGUGUUCUGCUUUGGCAACCUGCUGGCAGGGCCCAUCAUCGAAUUCAAGGACUACCAGGAUUUCAUCAACCACACCGGGUUGUGGGACCCACGAGCGCCGAAGAAGGUCCCAGUGUCCGGCUGCUUCCUGCAGGGCGUGCGUGCGACCGUCACCGCGCUGCUGGCCGCGGCGCUGUACAUCACCCAGGAGAAGACGUGGGGCUACCACGUGUUCUUCACAGAUUGGUACCACGGCCAGCCACUGUUCCUGCGGCUGUGCAUCAUGCAGAUCGUGGGCACCAUCUACCGCAGCCGCUACUAUUUUGCCUGGUCCAACGGCUGGGCCAGCCUGGCCUUCGCAGGCUUCGACUUCCUGCAGUGGGAUGACAAGGGCAGGGCGGUCUGGGGGCGCGGCUGCAACAGCCGGCCGCUCAAGGUGGAGUUUUGCGACAGCGGGCGCGUGCUGGCAGCGCACUGGAACAUCUCCACCGGCAUGUUCCUGCGCAGAUAUGUGUACGAGCGCCUCACGCCGCCCAACGGCAAGCCCACCUUCUUCACGCUGGUGGCCACGCAGCUCGUCAGCGCCCUCUGGCACGGCCUGUAUCCGGGCUACUUCUUGUUUUUCGUCGGCAGCGCCUUCCUGUUCGCCCACUCCACGGUCACAUAUCACUGGGAGAAGCAGGCGCCGUCCUGGCUGCAGCCCGUCGUCAAGAGCCUGCCCUUCUGGGCCGUCAAGGUGUUUAUCACCAAGCAGUGCCUCGACUUCCUGGCGUCCGCCUUCCUGGUCCUCACCUGGCGCGAGUGCCUCGUGGCCUGGGCCAGCGUCUACUACAUCCCUCUCAUCUGGAUGGUGGGUGUCCUGGCGCUCGGUCAAAUCCAAGCAGCUGGCAAGAAAGGCAAGGGCAAGGGCAAGGCCAAGCGGGACGGCGCGGGCGCCCCCACCGCAAACGGCGCGGCUGCCCUGCAGGACGCCGCCCCCGACGGCCUGCGGGCCACCAGCAGCGGCGUGGCGGAGGCCCUCGCAAAGGGCCUGCAGGACGCGGAGACCGCGCCGCGGCUGGCGGACGACGGGGAUGGCGACGACGCGGCGGCGCCGGCCUCCAAGGAGGACUGA